UGACUAAUCUCGUCUAGGCUUUCGACAUAGCUUUUUACCCCUCCAACAAACCUUUGCCAUGAAUUCUAAGCUUGUUGCCUGCUGGAAUCAAAGUUCUCAAUGUUUCAACUAAAACGAAAGGUAGUAAGGGAACAAGUGAAAGUUACCAGUACUAAGAACGAAAGAUCCCGAAGAAAGGUAGGUGGUGAUGGAGCGAUUAUCGAUUAAGAGUGGCACCUAAAGUUUCAUGGAAACUAAGCUGAUCUUGAUUUAGAUCCUUGUUUUUCACUUUAACUAACCGCCCACCUACCUCUGCUUCCCAAUCCUAAGAUUCUAAAGCUAUGUUGUGGCUCAUAUACGAUCAAUAAAUUGUAAUAGGAACAGUGAGAGGAACUGCAACAAGAAUGACAACCCAUUACUUAAUUACGUAUGUGGGAGGGCAAGAACUAAUCAGUUAGGCAAACUAGCUUAAGACCACACAAAAUAUUUUCUGCUAGUGAAGCAGUUACUACACAUAGGUUCAAGGUCAAGGCUCAUCUCUUCCAGCCUCUAGCUGAGUGAGGAGUGAGCCCAGGGAGUAAGAGAGAGGACCCAGAGUGAAAGCAAAGAAACGUUUAUCUUGAAUUGUCCAAGUAGCCCAUGUCAUCAUAUGAUCAAGAACGAUAGUUGCUAAAUUGGGCAGUGUUUAUAUAAGCUGGAUCUUGUCGUCUAUAUUGAAGAAACCGCCUCAUGAGUGACGCUCAUUGAAGUGUUUUUCCGUGAUCAAAUAACUUACUCAAGUCAAGGAGUCAAACAAAAGACGGAGGGGUUGUGAAUCCAUUUGAGAGAGACAAGUAACAGAUAGUACUCCAUAGACAGCUUUUUUAAGGGCUUGUGCUUCAUUAAUAUUCCACCGCCUACUUUGAACUGGAAUACAAUGGCAGUUCAGCAUUUCCUCGAGCUUAGUAAUGGCGGCUGUGACGAUGAUGGUCAUCCAGCAAGAACUGGAACCUUGUGGAGUUGCGUUGCUCACAUAAUCACUGCUGUCAUCGGCUCUGGAGUUCUGUCCCUGGCAUGGAGUACUUCACAGCUAGGAUGGAUAGCAGGGCCUACUGCCCUGCUCAUUUUUGCUACUAUGACCUAUGUUUCCGCCUUCCUUCUUUCUGAUUGUUAUCGGUCCAACGAUGGAACACGAAACAAGUCUUACAUGGAUGCUGUUAGACUGUAUCUCGGUAGAAAACGGACAUGGUUGUGUGCUUUGCUUCAAAACUUGAGCCUGUACGGGACUGAUAUUGCUUAUGUAAUUACAACUUCAACCUGUAUGAGAGCAAUUCAGAAAUCAAACUGUUACCACAGAGAAGGGCAUAAUGCUCCAUGUUCAUAUGGAGAUACUCCCUAUAUGCUGCUGUUUGGAGCUGUUCAGGUUGUAAUGUCACAGAUACCAGAUUUCCACAACAUGGAAUGGCUUUCAGUGGUUGCUGCAAUCAUGUCUUUUACUUACUCUUUCAUAGGAUUUGGACUUGGGUUUGCACAAGUGAUAGAAAAUGGAGAGAUUAAGGGGAGUAUAACUGGAGUGCCUGCUGCUAGUAUUGCUGAUAAACUAUGGUUAUCAUUCCAGGCACUUGGAGACAUUGCUUUUGCCUACCCAUAUUCAAUCAUUCUUCUAGAAAUACAGGAUACUUUGAGGUCACCUCCACCAGAGAACAAGACCAUGAAAAAGGCCUCAAUGAUUUCAAUCUUUGUAACAACCUUCUUCUACCUCUGUUGUGGAUGCUUCGGAUAUGCUGCCUUUGGCAACAACACACCUGGAAAUCUCUUGACAGGAUUUGGAUUUUACGAGCCUUACUGGCUCAUUGAUUUUGCUAAUGCUUGCAUUGUUCUUCAUCUGGUGGGAGGAUAUCAGAUUUACAGUCAGCCAGUGUUUGCAUUUGUGGAGAGAUGGUUUACUGAGAAGUUCCCAGGCAGUGGAUUUGUGAAUAAGUUCUAUACAUUCAAACUCCCAUUGUUGCCUACGUUUCAGAUUAAUCUUUUCAAGAUAUGCUUUCGAACAGCCUAUGUUGCAUCCACGACUAUUCUUGCAAUGAUCUUCCCAUACUUCAACCAGGUUUUAGGAGUGCUCGGGGCAUUGAACUUUUGGCCCUUGGCUAUAUAUUUUCCAGUGGAAAUGUACUUUGUGCAGAAGAAAAUUCAACCCUGGACCAGAAAAUGGAUCGUUCUUAGGAGUUUCAGCUCUGUUUGCUUGCUUGUGACAAUAGUAGGCUUGAUAGGGUCGAUUCAAGGGCUUAUUAGUGCAAAAUUAGGAUAGCAGUUCACUGCAAUCACUUCAUGACCAUAGAGGAAAACUAUACAUAUUAUGUCUGCUGGAAAAUUUAGGUUUAUUGCUUGGUUUUUAUAGAGCAAAUGAAUUUCAUGAACUCCAAGCUUGAUAUUGGAUUAUACAGACAUAUCGAGCUUUUCAAAAUAGAGCUAAAUCUACAGAUGUAUCAAGUUCAUCAUACAGCAGAAAAGAAUGCCACAUUCAGCAGUCAA